AUGCAGUAUUCCACCAUGCUUCUGUCUGCUUUUGCAGCAACCGCCUGUCUUGCUGCUCCGGCGCGCCGCCAGGACGACGGCGCUUCUAUUGACGUCAGACUGUCAAAUCAAGCCAUUGAGCUUGGCUCCGGGACCUCAUUCGAAGAGGAUCAGCUCCCCCAGACAAAGCCUCCAACCGGCUCUUCCGGCCCCUUCGACACUGUCGUGCUCGCACUCGGCCCAGACGUCGAGAAUGCGGAUCUCCGCUGCCAACUCCUCGAUGCCAAUCACGACGCCAUCGCCAUCGUUCGCAACGGUGUCACUCAAAUCACAUUCGCGGAUGGCGGAAAUCAAGCCCCCUGGACUUUCCUCGACGGCGCAACCGAAGUCAGCUCCAUCGUCUGCGAUCCCGACUUCAGCAUAGAAGACGUCGCAGCCGCCGUUCUCGAUCUCGACGUCCGCGUGCAACUCUCCGACGGCAACCUCGCUCGUCAGCAGGCCUUUGAGGAAGCAGGACUCGUCCGCGAGGAACAGGAUUCGCCCGACGAUGAGAGCCUCUUCAACACCGUCUCCCUUAUCCUUGGCGUUGAUGUUGUCAACCAGGAUCUUCGAUGUCAGAUUCUCGACGUGGAGCGCAACCCGAUCGAAGUCUUGCGCGCUGGGAACCUCGACACCACGUUUGCCAAUGGUGAUCCUUGGACUUUUGAUGAUGUUGCGGUUAGCACGAUUAUUUGCGACCCGGAGUUUGAGAAGGCUGCUUGAGGGAUUUUUUAAUGAGGGGUAUGAGGGGUAUGAGAUAUAGAGAGGGAGAGAGGGAGAGAAAAAUAGAGAAGAAGCGAAAGAGAAAGAGGACGGAAGAAAAAAUGCAUGAUUACUUGAUUGAAUGAUCGACCCCUAAAGGUG